CUUAUUGCUAUUUUGCAUUUUUUUCGAAAAAUACAUCUACGUUUUACACCAUUUACAUCUCUAUAUAUAGAAAUCGGAGAGAGUCGUUUAUACGUGCAUAUGCGUACAAUGCAUCUUCGCGAAAUCAGUUAAUAUUGAUAUCAAACUUUGCAUACACAUCUCUUUUCGCGGGUUUCUGUUUCCAAUUUUUUUAUCGAAAUUUAAACGCGCGCAUGAUUUUUAAGUACGAAUUGAAAAUUGAAAUAUACAUAAUAUUUGCGUACUUAAAUCCGUGAUAUAGAUUCGUACACUCGUCUCGUUUAUUAAUACAAUAAAAUAAAUAAAUAUAAAUAUUAUUUUAUCCAUACAAUAAAAUCAAGUUUUGAAGUAACUGUUGGCAACACUGCGGAGACAAUUUUGAGGUUAGGUGGAUACGUGGAUAAAUGGAGAAUUAUAUCUUCGCAUCGUUAUCAAACAUGAUUCGGUGUACGUGGUUAUGACAUAUUUUGUUGAUAAAAUUCGCGUUAACACAAGUUCUAUUACCCGCAAACGUCAACGUCAUAUUGUCAGCAUAUUUCGAUCGUAAAAACGGAGAUCGCACAAUGACGAAGACUAACCAAGAGACUUCCGUAUUGCACAAGUGGAUCUCGAGGAUAAUAAUCGCCACGUUUCUCGUACUUAUUUUUCUAAAUCUGCCGACUAUCUGCAACGCUCACGGAAAUCACGACGAGGAAUUGCCAAGUUACAAAUAUUCCAAGGAAGCGAACGAGAUUUACUUGGAUCAACAUCACCAACAUGAUCACAAUCAUCAUCAUGAACAUGCUCAUGAUCAUCAUCAUGAUCAUGAUCAUGAUCACAAACACUCUCAUUCUGCGCGAAACAAAGUCUUGAAUAAAAAUGACAUUAUUCUGAGAGCGGUUGGAUCCACUUUGAUCAUAUCUGCUGCACCGUUCUUUAUACUGUUCUUUGUACCACUGGACAAUACCAAGCACCGCGAAUCAUUGCUCAAAAUUUUACUGAGUUUUGCAUCUGGUGGUCUGUUGGGCGACGCGUUUCUCCAUUUGAUUCCCCACGCAAUGAUUCCUCAUUCUCAUGAGGAAACACAUUCGCAUUCACAUUCACAUUCCGAUAGCCAUGAUGAUGCAUCCGGACAUCACAAACAUGACAUGUCCGUUGGUCUAUGUGUAUUGUUAGGAUUAACAGUAUUCUUAACUGUGGAGAAGGCAGUUCGCAUUAUUAAAGGUGAUAGUCAUAAUCAUUCGCAUGUUCAUGCUCCUCAAGAAAAGAAGAUUUCAUCGGAGAAGAAAGAAGAAAAGAAAAACAGUAAUAAAACAGUUUUGAAGACACGUGAAACGUCAUCUGGAAGUGACAUAAAGAUUGCUGGUUAUCUGAAUCUAGUUGCAGAUUUUCUGCAUAACUUUACAGAUGGUUUAGCCAUAGGAGCUAGUUACAUGGCUGGUAAUAAUAUUGGUUAUGUAACAACAUUCACAAUAUUAUUACAUGAGAUUCCACAUGAAAUUGGGGAUUUCGCCAUAUUGGUGCAAAGUGGAUAUAGCAAAAGAAAGGCUAUGAUGUUGCAAUUGACUACUGCUAUAGGAGCUUUGUUAGGAACCUUUGUUUCUUUGCUUGCAGAAGGAAUGGGUGAUCUUGCAACAAAAUGGAUUCUUCCAUUUACAGCAGGAGGUUUUAUUUAUAUUGCAACUGUUUCUGUAAUACCUGAACUUUUGACUGCUACUAAACUUUGGCAAUCAGUAAUGGAAAUUGCUGCGCUUCUUUUCGGAGUAUAUAUGAUGGUUCUUAUAGCAGACUUUGAAUAAGAAACAGGUUUGUUACAGGAUUCAAAAUUCUGUGAAUUCUUAUUCGGUUCAGUUUAUUCCUAUUUAUUAAGAUCUGAAAAAUGUCAUUACAUAAAUAAACGCCAAUGGAGAAGA